AGACGGAGGGCAGGCUUCGUGUCAGGAGUAGGUGGGAGGCUGUUGUGAUAAGCAGGUGGGAUCCGCUCAGUGUCGCUGCUGUGGCCGUGUGCCUCACUUGUAAUUGAAGCUCACCAGGGAACGACGGCAUCUACCACUGCUGAAAUGUAUUAAGCAGUGUAACACAAUUUAAGAGCUUGACAUUUUAGCGUCUAAUCAGAAAGCACUAACGUCAGGGAAAUUGUUUCUUCUUUAUCUGAGACGUUUUUUAAAUGACAUGAGCUUCACGGUGGAAAGAAAGGGAAAGGAUUUACAACGAGGAAAAAUCUGCCGCUUAGAGCACAGUGUGAGUCACUCUUAAAUUUCAGUUUUAUUUUUAUUGCUGGCUGCUUGAAGAGACUGCGAUGGGCACAAGAAAAAACUGAAGGUGGAUUUAUUUCAUUUAUCAUUUUUUUGAACAAAGUUCACCACAGAAUCCAUUUUAGACCUUUCAGUCUAAUUACAAAAGUCCGUGGAAAUGGGAGAGCAGCCGAUCUUCACCACCAGGGCUCACGUCUUCCAAAUCGACCCGACCACCAAGAAGAACUGGGUCUCUGCCAGCAAGCAGGCCGUCACCGUCUCCUACUUCUACGACAGCACGCGCAGUAGCUACCGGGUCAUCAGCGUGGAUGGCUCCAAGGUGAUCAUCAACAGCACCAUCACGCCCAACAUGACCUUCACAAAGACCUCGCAGAAGUUUGGUCAGUGGGCCGACAGCCGGGCUAACACCGUCUUUGGCCUCGGAUUCGCCUCAGAGCAGCAGCUUGCUAAGUUUGCGGAAAAAUUCCAGGAGGUGAAAGAGGCAGCAAAACUUGCCAGGGACAGAUCUCAGGAGAAGAUGGAGACCUCGAGUAAUCAUUCCCAGGAGUCAGGCAGGGAUACCCCCUUAUCGGCGCAGCCCUCUAGCAUCAAUGGCACGGAUGACGAGAAGAUCUCACACGUGGAACCGGAGGACGCAAUGCUGAAGAGCGAGAACGAACGUCUGCGGUCCGCUGUGGAACAGGGCAACGCCAAUGCCCACAAGCUGGAGACGGAGCUGCAGGCCCUGAGGGAGAACAACGCCCGUCUCGCAGAAGCAUUGCAGGAGUCCAACAAUGGCGUGGAGAUGUGGAAGCAGCAGCUGGCUGAGAGCAAGCAGGAUGGGGAGCAGCUAAGAGCCAAGAUCGUGGAGCUGGAAGCGCAGUGCAAGGAGAUCGAGGAGGAGAAGAAGAGGAACGCCCAGCUGGCCAAGCAAGUGGCUGAGCUGGAGGCCGAGAUAGACGAGAAGGACAAGGAGCUGACUGAACUGAGGAAGCAGGCUGAGAUCAUUCCUAAACUGAUGGACGAGUGUGAGAGCAUUAACCAGAAGCUGGAGUUGGCCGAAACAAAGAACAAGGACCUGGAGGACAGGAUGGAAACUCUGCAGGCCGACAUAGAUGACAGCCACCUGAAGCAGGAUCAGGUGCGUGUGGAGCUAAAGCGGUUCACGGACAUCCUGGAUGGCAAACUGGACGAGCUGCACGACUUCCGGCAGGGGUUGUCCAAACUGGGGAUGGAUAACUGAGAGAGCCGGCUGGGGGCACCCCUCCAUCCGAGACAGGCAGGAACAAAGAGGAAUUUACCCGCUGACUACAGCGCUCUACUUACUCAGAUGUUCUCACGCUGGCGUUUUGAUUUUUUUUUAACAGUUGAACUGAUAGUUCUCAGUUGUAACGCUGCUGCAAUGAGCCAUUUCCUGGCAGAUCGGGAGAGGGGGGUGGGGGGUGAUGAAUGGGUGGCAGAUUUGGUCUCAGAUGCCCGAUAAACUCUCUGUGUCUGACUCCUUCCACGAGGGGCCACUUAAUGACGUGCGGUGCCUCAGACGCAAACAGUACGGCGCGGUACUACGGCAGAGCAAUAACAGGGAAGGCUGCAAGCCACCCCAACCCACGGCAAGGACCUGCCGGACGGCGGCCAUUUGUGAUGUGGAAAAUGGAGCCUGGAGCCAGGCUGAGUGCCUCGCCGGCGACCUCCGGCGGACACGAUGACAGCUGGGACUACAUGCACAUACACAAACUGCACGGCAUCUCAAAGUGCCUCGGGUCCGCCUGCUCGCAGAAGCGCCCCUGCUCAGGAGAUCUCAAUAAUUUAGUACUAGCAAGUCUAAUUAAAAUAUUAUGAAAAUGAUACAUAUGUGUGGGCAUGCAUGUCUGCAAGAAUGAGGUGAUCUAUACAGUACAUACACAUCUGUCGUACAUUACUAUGGAUGGGGAAUGAAGAUCCAACCCAAAGUCAACAGCGGACAGUCGAAACACAACAUGGAGGUGGAUCUUCAACAUGAACACGAACACGCAACACAAAUGUGGACCUUCGGCAGCAUAUGACUGCAGACGUGCAACACGACCAUUAGCACAGAACAGGAAUGGACACGCGAUUCAACAUGUACGUGAACAUACAGGGUGAAAGUGGAUGAGCAACGUGAAGAUGAAAGAGCAGAUACAGGUGAACCUUCAGAAGAAACAUGAGCAGAAAAGAUGGAGGUGGAUCUUCAGAAGGAACAUGGAUCUUCAUGAGAAUGACCAGGGAGGUGCACAGUGAUUCCAGGCUCCUGCAAAGCCCACCAGACAGAGAGCUUCUGCUGAUGCUUUGACGGUGCAUCGUGAACACGGUGUGCCGACUCGUAUGUGCAUAGGAACAUAAGGGGUCUUUAGUCACAUGUUGUCAGCAGAAGGCUGAAGAUUUGCUGCGUCCAAGCUGGACUUUCCACACAGUGGCGGUUGGAGGGCGCCGCGUGUGCAUGAGUGUGUGUGCGUGACAUGGGAAGGGUGGAUCCGUAAAAAAACAGUACAUCUUUCAAUUAGUAGUUCAUAUGAGGGGUGUAUUUCCUGCAGUACUGUGUCCUUGUGGUGAUUUUACUUUUAAGUUUUUUUUUCGUGCUGGGGGUGGGUAAUUUAUAUACUAUAUACCAGUAUUAAGUAUUAACGAUUAAUAAUUAACACAUAACAGCCCACACGAGCCUUCAGUGCAGGGAAGACGGAUAUUUAUGUUGGUGUCUGCAGACUUGUCAGUGAACCAUUGACCCCCCCCCCCCCCCCAUCUCUGGAUGGCGAGAUUCCUACAGGACACAUGCCCCCCCAGAGAGAGGCAGAUUAGACCCUGCUGACUUUGAUACAGCUUCUAUCAUCUAUAACAAUAUAUAGUGAAGUUGACAAUACCUGCCCUUUUCCUUCUGUGAAAAUCCUGUACACUGCAGUGAUUUUUAUUUCACUUCUGUACCACAUAGAGAUAAUUACUGUUAAAGUAUAGUUUCAUUAAAAA